AUGAUUAUUGACUGGUGGGUAUCAGAUUUCUGAUUAAUACAGCUUUGAAGGAUUGAUGAUGCGUCAUUGGCGUAUUGAGAGACUCUGAUGUCAAGUGAGAGAGAUUUAUGGUUAAUUCGGCGCAGUUCAGUAAGCAUGACUAUGGAGCUAUUUUUGCGAAUUUGUGGGGCUGGGUGUGAUAAAGCUUAUUUCUAUGAGAAGGAUCCAGAAGACGGUUCGCUGUUUUGAAUAACUUGGUAA